GAGUAGUUUUACAUAAGCUGUCUCUAUGUCUCCAGCUCCUUCUGCUUUCUUGUUCUGUUCUGGGCAGUUUUCUUACCACCUUUUCUGUGGUCUCCUGGAUAACCCCACCCACCUGUAUCUGACCUGGCUCAUGGCCUUGCUCAUAGUCCAUCUCUUGCUUGCAAAGGCAGGUCAGUUUGCAGUGAGCAGAGCUUGGGGACUCUCUUCUCCUUUUCUGUCCCAGAGCUUCCCUUCCUUAGUGCAGCUGCUGCAGCCAUAGGCUAGAUGGAGGGAUCACAGAGCUAUCCAAUCACCAGUGCGAUACCCUCUUCCCACAACAGGGCUAGGAGGAUGAGUGAUGAAAUCCCACCAGCAUGGCUGCAGCGUGCUCAGCAGAACCCUGUGAUAAGAUGUCUAACAGUUACAGGGUGGCUGUUUUGAGGUUAAGAGGCUGGGAGCCCACAGGAAGUGACUUAGUGCUGAGCUGAUGCAGCUUUGUUCAGCACCCGUCCUGACACAGAGACUGCAGCUGGCACUGCUGGGAAUGGCCACAGAGUGCACCGAUCCUUGUAUGGGGGGAACACAGAGCCAGGCCCUGAAUCCAGAUGGGCACUAUGGGGCCUUGGCUUCAGGUAGGUGUGUGCCUUCCUCCGCAUCUGCCUCCUGGAGCCUGCCCCGCUGGAGAGCAUACUUGGCUGCUGCUGUUCUCUGCUAUAUCAACCUUCUGAACUACAUGAACUGGUUCAUCAUCCCAGGAGUGUUACUGGAUGUCCAGAAGUAUUUCCACAUCAGUGACAGCCAUGCUGGUUUGCUGCAGACAGUCUUCAUCGGCUGCCUGCUGGUGUCUGCGCCUGUGUUUGGCUAUCUGGGUGACCGCCACAGCCGCAAGGCCACACUGAGCUUUGGGAUCCUGCUGUGGUCAGGCGCUGGCCUUUCCAGCUCCUUCAUCUCCUACCAGUAUUGCUGGCUCUUCUUCCUGUCCCGUGGGGCCGUGGGCACUGGCGCAGCAAGUUACUCCACCAUUGCACCCACUGUCCUGGGCGACCUCUUCGUGAAGGAUCAGCGGACCUGUGUCCUGGCUGUCUUUUACAUCUUCAUCCCUGUUGGAAGUGGUCUGGGCUACGUGCUAGGGUCAGUUGUGGCGGAGCUGACAGGGAACUGGCGUUGGGCCCUUCGAAUCAUGCCCUGUUUGGAUGCUCUGGCCUUAGUCCUGCUCAUCCUGCUGGUUCCAGACAUACCUCGAGGAGCAGCUGAGAAACAGGGAGAAGUGGCAGUGGGGGCUCCAAGGAGCAGCUGGUGUGAGGAUGUCAGAUACCUGGGGAAAAACCUGAUUUUUGGGGCACUGACUGUCGCAACUGGCAUUAUUGGUGUCAUCCUGGGAGCAGAGGCCUCAAGAAGGUACAAGAAGGUGAACCCCAGGGCUGAGCCCCUCAUCUGUGCUUCCAGUCUAUUUGCCACAGCUCCCUGCCUCUACCUGGCUCUCAUCUUGGCCUCAAGGACCCUCCUGGCCUCCUACGUGUUCCUGGCCCUCGGCGAGCUCCUUCUGUCUUGCAACUGGGCAGUGGUUGCUGAUAUCCUGUUGUCGGUAGUGGUGCCUAGGUGUCGGGGCACAGCAGAGGCACUCCAGAUCACAGUGGCCCACAUCCUGGGAGACGCUGGCAGCCCCUACCUCACUGGACUUAUCUCCAGUGUCCUGCAGACUGGGCGUCCAAACUCCUAUCUGCAGCGCUUCCUCAGCCUGCAACACAGCUUCCUGUGCUGUGUCUUUGCCAUCGUGCUGGGUGGUGGCUGCUUCCUACUGACUGCACUGCACCUGGAAAGAGACCAGGCCCAGGCCAGGCAGUCUGGCAAAGGAACUCUGGGGAGCAAGGAUGUAGCCAGCAGGAACACCGAGCACCAAGGUCUGCUCUCUGGCACCAGCACUCCAGCGAAGAAGCCCAUCUUGCAGUGAGCAGGCACCAUCCUACCAUAUCCUCUUGGUGGCCUCACCCUUCCUGGCUGUGACUCAGGCACCCCAGCUAAGCUACAUUAGCCACUUGUUCAGUCCGUACUAGAGAGCUGCCAGAGCCCAGGAGCCGGAUAGAUUGAGUUGUCACCACCCUCCAGGGAGGCUGAGCCCUGUGUCUGCACCCAGCAGGGAGGCCAGGCCCUUAUUAAAGCAUGAGCAGUGCAAA